UAAUUUCUCUCUCUCUCUCUCUCUCUCUUUGUCCCUUUUUUCUUUUCUCCUUUUGUUUUACCAUUAUGCUUGCAAUCUCCAGACAUUCCUAACUGUACUUUUGUCUUCUUCUCCCACCUCCAAAGAUCCCAAAAGCCAUCUUGGACCGUCAACUCCCCAUUCCUCUUAACAAAGAAUUGUCUAUUCUUCAGUAUUUGCUACUUGAUCCAGUUUUUGAUUUGCGCCAUUUAAUUUGGAGUGAAAUCUUCCCUCGAGUACCUGCGGCACUCUUGUCAUCCGGGGGUCGCAUUUGAAUCUAUAAAACGAUAUUCGAUCUAAAGCCGCGAAAUCGUAAAGCAAGCGGACUCCUUUGCAAACUGGCCAAGCAUCUAUAUCUAUCUCUCUCUCUCUCUCUCUCUUUAGUUUCCUCAAAGCUAAGCCUUGAGAGUUGGGCUCAAAACCAUCUUCACUCCGACCCAGACCUCGAUCGAACCGUUUGCUUGUUUAUACCUACUCUGCUCUUUCCUUUGUAAAAAGCAAAGUGAAAGAAGAUCAUUCCUCAAGUGAUCUGUGGAAUCUAUGGACCCACUUUGUCCCCCUCAUCCUACCCUUCUCUUUUUCUCAUGACCACCUCCUGGUGGUACGUAGUUAUGUAGGCUAGCCCAGAUGUACUAUUUAUGCUUUCUCUCUUUGCUUGCUGAGUAUCGUUCAUAUAUUUGGCACAAGCUUUCAUGCCUCUUUGUUCUUCUCUUCUUCCUUCGUCGACUCCGAGCGCUAAUUUUCUCAUUCUUGAGUUUCUACAUGGAGACUAUUGAGCUGAAGGUGGACAUGGUUGCACUGCAUGAGAAGAGAGUGAGGAAAUGCCUAUCUAAAGUAAAAGGGAUAGAGAAGGUUGAAGUAGAAGCAAGCAUUCAGAAGGUAACAGUCACAGGAUAUGCAAACAGGAACAAGAUACUCAAGGCCCUGAGAAGAGUGGGAUUGAGAGCAGAGUGUUGGUCUCCACAAAAUGAGAUACUCAGUGCCUAUGCAACUGGAACCCUAAUGUUCAACAACUUCAACUUCUUUUGAGAAACCCAAAAUAGUCGCAUGUCAAAUAAUACCUACCAUUUGUUUGGUUGUUUGUGUCGCCUUCUUCUUUUUAUGGUGUUUUGCGGAGUAACCUUGCAUAUGUUUGUGAUUAUAGUGUCAAAAGUUGAAAGUAAAAUGUUCUUUUCAAGCCAAAACUAUUUUGAUUUGUUGUGUUCAGAUGUGCAGAAGAUGUAAUAUACGGACUGUAUUGUAUUUUCUUCUCCGGAAAAGGUUAGGAUUUUAGAGGGGAAAGAGAGGAUGAUGAAUCAACAACAUUUUAUUAGUUUCUCGGUGUUUGUUGUGUUACGCAAAAUU